GUGUGUUGUGGUCACGUUACACACGUUGCCCACAAGUUUUCAACUAUUAACCUGCUUCUGUUAACUUUUUGACCUUCGGUGCGAACGCUUCUGAAAAUAGCAGCAUCUGAACUCUCACGUCAACACGCCCUCAUAAGAAAACGAGUUGGUGACAUGAAGCUAUGUAUGACGUGGGCUGGAGGUCCCUGAGCAUCUUUACUGCACUGACUCACGUGAGAUAAGAGAAGCCGACAGAUAUUUUUCUGCUGCCGUCAUGUCUGGAGAUCCACAAGAAGACCCUCCGCAGCUCGUGAAUCCUCCUCCUCCGGAGGUGAGCAAUCCCAACAAGCCGGGACAGCGGACCAACCAGCUGCAGUUCAUGCAGAAAGUCGUGAUCAACGCGCUGUGGCGGCACCAGUUUGCUUGGCCUUUUUACAAGCCAGUUGAUGCUGUCAGUCUUGGACUACCAGAUUAUCACAAGUUAAUAACAUCUCCCAUGGACCUGGGCACCAUCAAGAAACGUCUGGAGAACAACUACUACUGGAGCGCGAGUGAAUGCAUGCAGGACUUCAACACCAUGUUCACCAACUGCUACAUUUACAACAAGCCUACAGAUGACAUUGUGCUGAUGGCGCUCGCCCUGGAGAAGAUUUUCCUGCAGAAAGUUUCUCAGAUGCCUCAGAAGGAAGAGAGUUUGUCUCUUGCAGGCAAAAGGAAGGGUAGAAGAAGCAGCACUGCAGAAAAGAAAAAAAGGCGUGAAAGUGCGGAGCGAACUGCAAGUCCUACGACGACGAACGACGAAGAGAACGAUCCGAAGCGACAAACGGAGGCAGGGAGUGUGAGCGACCAGCUCAAGUACUGCAACGAAAUCCUGAAGGAGAUGCUGUCUAAGAAACACUCGAGCCACGCCUGGCCCUUCUACCUGCCUGUUAACGCUCAAGCUCUGGGGCUGCACGAUUACCAUGACAUCAUCAAGUACCCGAUGGAUCUCAGCACUGUUAAAAACAAGCUGGACGGAGGAGAAUACCAGGAUGCGCAGCAGUUCGCCGCAGACGUUCGGUUAAUUUUUUCCAACUGCUACAAAUACAACCCCCCACAUCACAACGUUGUGGCCAUGGCCAGAAAACUUCAGGGAGUGUUCGAGCAGAGGUUUGCCAAGAUGCCAGACGAGCAUGUGGAGAUGAGCUCAGCAGGCAGCGCCACGUCUGCUAACAGUGCAGCUUACUGUGGCCUGAACGCAAACGCCUACUUCAGUCUGGACAAAUCGAGAUCAGCAGAAGUGCAGCAGCAGCUCAAGAGUGUUCAGCUCGCUGCCCUGUCAGAAGCCCCAAAGACGAGGAAUGAGAAGGACAAGAAAGAGUGCAGCAGGGAAACUAAGCUGACUUCCAUCUCCAGCACACGGCCGCUGUGUGAAGACUUGGAUUCAGACCAGGAAUCUUUGCCGAUGUCUUAUGAAGAAAAGCACCAGCUGAGCCUCGACAUCAACCGCCUGCCCAGCCUCAAGUUGGGCCGCGUGGUGCAGAUCAUUCACGACCGGGAGCCCGCCAUGUGCGGCGCCAACCUGGACGAGAUCGAGAUCGACUUCGAGGUGCUGAAGCUGUCCACUCUGCGGGACCUUCAGCGAUACGUCAGGUCCUACUUCUACAAGAGAUUUAAGAAACUUGAAAGAAAGAGAAACGGAGCUGCCUUCCAUGACGGCAGCAGCUCUUCAGAUUCUUCCUCCAGAACCUCCUCCGACUCCACUACAGAAGACAGUGACUCUUGA